AUGGACGAUUACCUCUCCUCUAAGUGCAUCGCCGAGAAGGAGCUAGUCAAGUACAACGACGGCCCCUCCGAGAGCAGAGCGUUCGACGUCGUCGUCCUGUUACUGGGCCUCGUAGGAGGAGACACCCUCCUGCCGUACAUCAACGAGAGCCAACACUUCAUGCUGUCGCCUUUCACCGGCAUCGAGCCUUACCACAACGCCCUCAGGUUCACGCAGGCCCUCCUCGGCUCCGUGCCGGUGGUGCACGUCGACGACGUCUGCAAGGCGCACGUCUUCUGCAUGGAGCGCCAGCGCGACGUCGCUGCCGGUCGGUACCUCUGCGCCACCGCACACCCCAACAUGCAGGAUCUGGUGGAGCACUACGCGAGCAAGCACCCGGAGCUCAAGCUGACGCUGAAAGAGGUGGUGGGAGAGGGAGUCAGAGUGCAGGUCAACACGAACAAGCUUGUGGAGCUGGGGUUCAAGUUUAAGUACCGGGCAGAGGCGGUGCUUGAUGGCAGCGUCGAUUGCGGGAAAAAGUUAGGAGUGCUGUCAGUGGCGGAUCAAGGAUCCUAA